AUGUACGCCAUAGACUAUAUCAUGUGGAGACAUCAAUGGAUCCCUCUAAUCCUGAGGAAUCUUCUGAUCAUUCACAUAAUAGAACUCACAGAGUGCGGGAAACGCUUCACUCAGAAAGGGGACCUUCUUAUACACCAGAGAAGUCACACAGGCGAGCGCGCGUUCUCGUGUUCAGAGUGCGGGAAAAGUUUCUUUAGGAAAGACAACCUUGUUAAACACCACAGGAUUCACACAGGUGAGCGUCCUUUUUCAUGUUCAGAGUGCGGGAAAGGUUUCAUUCAGAAAUGGGACCUUUUUAUGCACCAGAGAAAUCACACGGGUGCGCAUCCAUUUUCAUGUUCUGAAUGUGAAAAAUGUUUCAACACAAAGCAGCGCCUCCUUGCACAUGAGAGAACUCACACGGGCGAGCGUCCUUUCUCGUGUUCAGAGUGCGGGAAAUGUUUCACUCAGCAAGGAAGCCUUCUCAAACACCAGAGAAUUCACACAGGCGAGCGUCCAUUUUCCUGUUCAGAGUGUGGGAAGUGUUUUACUGAGAAAGGAAGUCUUCUUACACACCAUAGAAUUCACACGGGUGAGAGCCCUUUUUCCUGUUCAGAGUGCGGGAAAUGUUUCAAUCAGAAAGGCAAUCUUAAUAUGCACCAGAGGAUUCACACAGGUGAGCGUCCUUUCUCCUGCUUGGAGUGCGGCAGAUGUUUCACUCAAAAAGGAGACCUUGUUGCACACCAGAAAACGCACAGAAGUAAGCGCCCCUAUUCAUGUUCAGAGUGCGGGAAAUGUUUCUGCGACAAAGCAAAACUUGAUAUACACCAGAGAAUUCACACAGGCGAGUAUCCCUAUUCAUGUCCACAGUGUGGGAAUUGUUUCACCGAAGAAGCAGACCUUGUUACACACCAGGAAACCCACAAGACCGGGCCUCCUUAUUCAUGUUCAGAGUGCGGGAAAUGUUUCCGCGAUAGAGCAAAACUUGUUAUACACCAGAGGAUUCACACAGCCAACCUUGAGGACUCCCGGACAAUCGGGUCUCAGGACCGGGUGUUUGGCCGGGAGGAGAAGCAAACCGCGGGCCAUAUGCAGCGAGGAGCCGCAGGUGGAGAGGCAGCAAAAGCCUCUUUUACAGGAGUCCUACCCCGGAUGCAGCACCAACACCACCACCUCGUCAUCGUCCCCCCUAAGACGUAA